ACGAAAGUGAAAACGUGAACCGUGAGCUAGUCUCUGAACUGGUUCUUUGACUUUUGCUUUGUAUCCAAGUGCAGUUGCGUUGGAAGUGUUGACCAGCAUAUGUUUUGAAAGUGCAAUACAUUACAAGAAAAAUCUUCUAGGAAACACAUCAUCAUGAAUACCUCAAUGACUGCGAAAGAUGUUAGGAAUGCCUACAUAGACUUUUUCAAGGAAAAAAAUCAUGAUUACAUUCAUUCCUCUUCAACAAUUCCUCUUGAUGACCCCACAUUGCUUUUCACCAAUGCUGGCAUGAAUCAGUACAAACCUAUAUUUCUUGGAACAGUGGAUCCCAACAGUGAUUUGGCCAAAUUAACCAGAGCUGUAAAUUCCCAAAAAUGUAUCAGAGCCGGUGGUAAGCACAACGAUUUAGAUGACGUUGGAAAAGAUGUCUAUCAUCACACAUUCUUCGAGAUGAUGGGUAACUGGUCUUUUGGCGAUUACUUCAAAAAAGAAAUUUGUGCUUGGGCUUGGGAACUCUUGACCGAAAGGCUCAAGCUUCCUGGAGAAAGAUUAUAUGUAACAUAUUUUGGAGGUGAUGAAAAAUCUGGUUUGGAACCCGAUAAUGAAUGUAAACAGAUUUGGUUAGAUCUUGGUGUACCUCCUACUCAUGUUAUACCUGGUAGUAUGAAAGAUAAUUUUUGGGAAAUGGGUGAAACAGGUCCUUGUGGACCUUGUUCUGAGCUUCAUUUUGACCGAAUAGGGGGUAGAGAAGUACCUGAAUUAGUCAAUCAAGAUGAUCCAGAUGUCUUGGAAAUCUGGAAUCUAGUGUUCAUCCAAUUCAAUCGUGAAACUGAUGGUAGUUUGAAACCACUGCCAAAAAAACACAUUGAUUGCGGAUUAGGUCUGGAAAGAUUGGUUUCUGUGAUUCAAAAUAAACGUUCUAAUUACGAUACGGAUCUUUUCCAACCCAUUUUUGAGGCUAUUCAGAAAGGAACUGGAGCUCCUGCCUAUCAAGGAAAAAUUGGAAAUGAUGAUGUUGAUGGUGUCGAUAUGGCAUAUAGAGUACUGGCGGAUCAUGCACGCACAUUAACAAUAGCACUAUCUGAUGGUGGUUACCCUGACAAUACAGGACGAGGGUAUGUGUUAAGAAGGAUAUUGAGGAGAGCUGUAAGAUAUGCAACUGAAAAAUUAAAUGCCAAACCUGGCUUCUUUGCCACUUUAGUUCACACAGUGGUUGAAAUACUAGGUGAUAAUUUCCCUGAAUUGAAAAAAGAUCCUCAAAGUGUCAUUGAUAUCAUCAAUGAAGAAGAAGAACAAUUUUUGAAGACAUUAUCCCGAGGUAGAAGUCUACUACAUCGUACUAUACAAAAAUUAGGGGAGUCAAACACCUUACCUGGAGAUGUAGCGUGGAGAUUAUAUGAUACUUAUGGUUUCCCUGUUGACUUAACACAGCUUAUGGCUGAAGAAAAGGGAUUAGCGGUCGAUAUGAAUUCCUAUGAAGAAUCAAAGAAACAAGCACAGCUUAUAUCUCAGGGUAAAGGUGCUGGAAUCGAAGAUACCAUCAAUUUAGAUGUCCAUUCAAUUACUGAACUUCAAAGCAAAGGUGUUCCUCCAACUGAUGAUUCUGCUAAGUAUCAAUAUGAAGCUGAUAAGUCAGUAUCUUCAGAAUAUAAAUUUUCACCCUGUGAAGGAACAGUAAUUGCACUUCGUUAUAAUAAACAGUUUGUCGAUGAAGUGAAUACUGGACAAGAAUGUGGAAUACUUUUAGAUAAGACAAACUUUUAUGCUGAACAAGGUGGUCAAAUAUACGAUACUGGAUAUAUGGUCAAAGUUGGAGAUGAAAGUGUUGAAUUUUCUGUGAAGAAUGUCCAAGUAAGAGGGGGUUAUAUUGUCCACAUAGGAACUAUUGAAGGAACCUUGAGGAAAGGAGACAAAAUGAACUUGCAGAUUGAUUCAUCUCGUAGAAGAUUAAUUAUGAACAAUCACACAGGAACCCAUGUUUUGAAUUAUGCGUUAAGAAAGGUUCUUGGAACUGAAGCAGACCAGAGAGGUUCUCUUGUAGCACCUGACAGGCUCAGAUUCGAUUUCACCAACAAAGGUGCAAUGACAACUGAGCAAGUCAAAAACGCUGAAUUGCAAUCGAAAGAAUUAAUCAGCAGAAACGAUGAAGUGUAUGCUAAAGAAACUAACUUGGGUGUUGCAAAAACCAUCAGGGGUCUACGUGCCGUUUUUGAAGAAACAUACCCAGACCCUGUCAGAGUUGUAUCUAUUGGAAUUCCAGUAGAAAACCUUGAAAAAGACCCAUUUUCCCCAGCUGGUGAUAACACAUCAAUAGAAUUCUGUGGUGGAACUCAUUUAAGAUAUGCUGGCCACAUAGGUGAUUUUGUUAUUGCUAGUGAAGAAGCUAUAGCUAAAGGAAUAAGAAGAAUAAUUGCUCUCACUGGACCAGAAGCAGUGAAAGCUCUGAAAAAAAAUGAAUUUUUAGAAAAUAGGUUAAACGAUAUUAAAAGCUCAAUUGCUGAAGAUAAAGAAGGAACUAAAUCAAAAGAACAUGUUAAACAAAUUGUUGAACUUACUGAGGAAGUGUCCCAAGCUACCAUACCUUAUUGGAAAAAGGAAGAAAUUAGAAAUACCCUGAAGACUCUCAAGAAAAAUUUGGACGACAUAGAGCGUGCUGCAAAAGCUGCAAUUGCGAAUAAGGUUGUUGAUGAAGUCAAAGAGUUCCUCAACGAGAAUAAGAAUCUUCCUAUUAUCGUUAAAGAGCUCAAGGCUUUCAACAACACUAAAGCACUGGACAGUGCUCUCAAGCAAGUUAGGAGUUUAAGCCCUAAUACAUCUGCUUUGUUUGUUACUGUUGAUGAGGAUUCAAAGAAAAUAUUCUGUUUAUCAUCAGUACCAAAAGAUGCCAUUGCUAAAGGUCUGAAAGCUAAUGAAUGGGUUCAAGCUGUAGCUACUAAAUUGGGGGGAAAAGGAGGUGGUAAGCCUGAUUCUGCACAGGCUUCUGGGAAUAAUAAUGUAGCUAUUAGUGAAAUUCUAGAGUUGGCAAAGUCCUUUGCUGAAACAAAACUUUCUUAGUGUACAGAUUUUUAAAAUGUUUUCUUUCAAAUUAUCACAAGAACCCAGUGCCGUCUUUUAUUUAUUUCUCCAGUGCCAUGGGCAUAUUUCAUAACCUGUUAAUCUGAAUAUUUCUCUCAUAUAUUUAAGGGCCAAAAAUGCUGAGAUGCUUUGAGCAAGAAAUUCAAUGCGGUGAAUUGUAGGUAUUUGAAUACAAUUUUAUAUAUUA